AUGUCAAGUACUGGUGCUCCUGCCACUAAGAAGCUUAAAAUUGAUAGCAGUUCAAGUUCAAGUUCAAGUGCUAGUCCAUCUGCCAGUCCACUUGCAAAUAGUGAUAUUACUCCAAGUCCAAUUCCUACGUCCUCAAAGCGAUUAGUUUCAUUUAUUAACAAAUCUAAAGAUAAAAUACUGAAAGAACCUGUAGUUGAAGAAAUCAAAGGCCCAUUAGUAUGGAUCGAUUGUGAGAUGACGGGAUUAGAGGUAUUGAAGGAUGAUCAUAUUAUUGAAAUAUGUUGUAUAAUCACCGAUGGUGACUUAAAUAUCAUCGAUAAAGAUGGUUACGAAUCAACCGUCUACUAUCCUGUUAGUGUGCUUGAUAAUAUGAACCAGUGGUGUAUUGAACAGCAUGGAAAGUCGGGACUUACUGAGAAAGUACUAGCUAAUCCACAACGAACUUUAGAGAAAGUUGAAAAGGAACUAUAUGAUUAUAUUAUAAAAUACAUUCCUAAGACUAGAACUGGACUAUUGGCUGGUAACAGUAUUCAUAUGGAUAAAUUCUUUAUGAUGAAAGAAUUUCCUAAAGUUAUUGAACAUUUACAUUAUAGAGUAAUGGAUGUAAGUACUAUAAUGGAAUUUGGUUUUCGUCAUAAUCCCAAAUUAAUGAAAGUUGCACCUAAGAAAGAGACGCUUCAUACUGCUAGAUCAGAUAUUUUAGAGAGUAUUAACCAAUUAAAAUGGUAUAAGGAAAACUACUUUAAGUCUGAAGAAGAUGUCAACCAGAUCAUUGAAGCUCAUAGGAAGAAAAUGGAACAAAUUAGGGCUGAAGAGGAACUAAAGGCUGAGCAGAUUUUGAAUAAUAUACUGAAUCGUUCAGCUGAAAACCUAAAGGAUGAGAAGAAAGUAGAUAAUAUGUAA